AGAGUAGGAACAGCUUCGAGUGCGUCAUGUGUGUUAUCAAGAGAAAGCGUGUGGACGCCCCCGUCAAAGUUGCCUUUGAAAAACUUUUCUGAGCCAGUCAAACGGGGAGUCUCAAGUAUUUUGGUCAUAUCCAGAAGGUCCACGCGCUGCUUCUUUCAAAUGGACAGCAGUUUACUGACACUUGUGUUUUUUCACGGAUUCUAAGCAGCGCGCCAAAAAGGGAACUGCGACGUUUCUAAAUUACAAAAUCAAAAACGGUUGCACAAGUGACAGUGGCUAUAUUCUUGAUCUUGACUUGCACGGACAUCUGAAUUUUGGAGCAUUUCGAGUUUCGACAUACAGUUUACUACAGCAGUUAAUUCAACAUGAUGGAACUCCAGAAUUUGUGUAGUAUUGUACUUCUCCCAAUUCAAAUGCUAUAUAGCAUACUCAAAGCAGGCAUGAGCCUGUUGCUUUCCUGCAAAGGCAGAGACUUGAGUGGAGAUGUUGUAUUGAUCACCGGCGGUGGACGAGGCAUCGGUCGUCACCUUGCGCACGAGUUUGCGAAGCAAGGGGCAAAAAAGGUGAUCUUGUGGGGCCGCACAGAGAAGUGUCUGAAGGAGACCAGCGAGGAGCUCACGUUGCUGGGCACGGAGAGCCACUACUUUGUGUGCGACGUGGGCAACCGGGAGGAGGUGUACCGGCAGGCCAAGGUCCUCAGGGAGAAGGUUGGUGACGUCACUAUUCUGGUCAAUAACGCAGCUGUGGUCCACGGGAAGAGUCUAAUGGACAGCGAUGACGACGCUCUCCUGAAGACGCAGCACAUCAACACGUUAGGCCAGUUUUGGACCACGAAGGCCUUCCUGCCCCGAAUGCUGGAGCUGCGUAACGGCCACGUGGUGUGCAUCAACUCCAUCCUCUCGGUCUCGGCCAUCCCCGGGGCCAUCGACUACUGCACCUCCAAGGCCUCCUCGCUGGCCUUCAUGGAGAGCCUGACGCUCGGGCUGCUGGACUGUCCGGGCGUGGGCUGCACCACCGUCCUGCCCUUCCACACCAACACGGAGAUGUUCCAGGGGAUGAGGGUCAGGUUUCCGCAGCUCUUCCCUCCACUGAAGCCUGAGGUGGUGGCUCAGCGCACUGUAGAUGGAGUCAGGACUAAUAAAGCGUUUGUGUAUCUGCCCUGGACCAUGCAUAUCCUCAUCAUCCUUAAGAACCUCUUGCCUUUGGCCGCGUUGGAGGAGAUCCAGCGAUUUGCGGGGAGCUACACCUGCAUGAACACAUUCAAGGGAAGAACUUAGACGGCGUCGACAUGCGACAGGCAAUCAAAAGGAAACAAGACAUCAUGAGCUUGUGUGCACUGAAAAGAAGGAAAGCAAAAACACAGCGUACACACUCUCUCGUUUGAGCAAGAUGGUGGCCACAGGGGUCUUAGAAUCGCCAUACAGUCUUUUUACAACCAUAUCGCCUAUGUUAAAAGGGCUUCAUGAUCUUAGUUGCUAUCACCAGGAACCUUGAAGCUCUUGACUGAACGGUACAUAUCCUUGGUCCACAUUGUACUCCUCUGUGAAAUCCUGCUUCAGACUGGGAUACUGUUUGGAGAGGCGGCUUAUGAAAAAAAAAAGAGACAUGUGUUUCAUUGAAGGAGUUCUACCCACUAGAUGCCCAUGUCUGGGUUGGCUUGGGUUAUACGUUGUAGAUUUUUAACAAAUUUUAAUCUUUUUUUAAAGGUUUUUUUUUUUUUUUUUUUUUUAAUAAAAAUGCAUCUGAACGUUUUUUUUUUGUUUGUUUGUUUGUUUGCACAUAAUAAAUACAUCUCAUUUAUCAAUAUUGAUGCUAAUAUUGAAUAAAUAUGGUAUUUAAUCCUGA